AUGAAGUCACGAAAGCAUGAGGAUAACUCAGACCCGAGGUGCUACUCUGACUCAAGAAACAAGUCCAGGUUCGUGCUGUGUCGUCAGGAUCAAAGUAGUGGUGCUAAUACCCAUGAAGGUGUCGUGUCCCUAAUGGGUUACAUGAGACCGAGUCAAAUGGAUUGGAGAAGCCGGAAGAUCUCUGCUGAUUUGGUGUUACUGGUGGAUACUGAAGCAAGAAACUCACACCUUUAUGAGUUCGUUGAGAGAAUGAAGAAGGGAAUCAGAGUCCCUGGAAUCAGACACAGGAUCAAGAGCAGAGACAACAGAGACAGGAGAGUAGAGUUGCUUCUGAGAGAUGUUACUAUUUCAUCGGUUUCUUUUGUUGUGAAUGUUAUUAUGUUUUAG